CCGUCAUCCCCCAACUACACGCUGUUAUUUUAUUAGGAAAUUCUAGAUCUCACUAUUGUUAAGAUUUCACUCUUAUUAUCAUUUCAAGAUUAGGGUUUCACUGUGAGUCAGCUAGAGAGAGUGAGAAUCAUGGGAGAACGGAAGUUAACCCCUCCGAGGAUCGUUACAGUGCUCCUCCUCGUCUGCGCUGCAUCGUUUCAGCUCCUCCGCGCUUCAGAUGACGUCGACGACGCCAUCUUCUACGAGUCGUUCGAUGAGAAUUUCGAAGGCCGUUGGAUUGUGUCGCAGAAGGACGAGUACAAUGGUGCGUGGAAGCAUGAGAAGAGUGAGGGGCAUGAUGAUUACGGACUUCUGGUCAGUGAGAAAGCAAGGAAGUAUGCUAUAGUUAAAGAACUUGAUGAACCGGUGACUCUCAAGGAUGAAUCAGUUGUUCUUCAAUUCGAGACUCGUCUUCAGAAUGGUCUUGAGUGUGGUGGUGCAUACCUAAAGUAUCUUAGACCACAGGAGGCUGGAUGGAAACCCAAAGGAUUUGACAAUGAAUCUCCUUAUUCUAUCAUGUUUGGUCCUGACAAGUGUGGAGCUACAAACAAGGUGCACUUCAUCUUCAAGCAUAAGAAUCCCAAGACUGGGGAGUACGUUGAACACCAUCUCAAGUAUCCUCCUUCCGUUCCAUCUGACAAACUAACCCAUGUAUACACUGCUAUUCUGAAGCCUGACAAUGAAUUGCGUAUCUUGAUUGAUGGGGAAGAGAAGAAGAAGGCAAACUUCUUAUCUUCGGAGGAUUUUGAACCUGCUCUUAUCCCUUCCAAGACAAUCCCAGAUCCCGAUGACAAUAAACCUGAGGACUGGGAUGAGAGAGCUAAAAUUCCAGACCCAAAUGCUGUAAAGCCAGAUGACUGGGAUGAGGAUGCACCCAUGGAAAUUCUUGAUGAAGAAGCUGAGAAACCUGAAGGAUGGUUGGAUGAUGAGCCUGAAGAAAUUGAUGACCCCGAAGCCACAAAACCAGAAGAUUGGGAUGAUGAGGAGGAUGGUGAAUGGGAAGCCCCCAAAAUUGAUAACCCCAAGUGUGACUCCGCCCCUGGUUGCGGUGAGUGGAAGAGGCCAAUGAAGAGGAAUCCUGCUUACAAGGGAAAAUGGCAUGCCCCUCUCAUUGACAACCCAGCUUAUAAGGGUAUAUGGAAGCCGCGUGAUAUUCCAAACCCAGACUACUUUGAACUUGAAAAGCCUGAUUUUGAGCCCAUUGCUGCUAUUGGUAUUGAGAUCUGGACAAUGCAAGAUGGCAUAUUGUUUGACAAUAUCUUGAUAGCUAAAGAUGACAAGGUUGCAGCCUCUUAUAGAGAGACUACAUGGAAGCCUAAGUUUGCAGUUGAGAAAGAGAAACAGAAGGAAGAAGAAGAUUCUGUGGCUGCUUCAAGUGGUCUUGCAGACUUGCAGAAGAAGGUAUUUGACCUCUUAUACAAGAUAGCUGACAUUCCAUUCCUGAGUGAUUACAAGCUCAAAAUACAUGAUCUCAUUGAAAAGGGUGAGAAGCAACCAAAUCUCACUAUUGGAAUUCUCGUGUCUGUUGUGGUUGUCUUCUUGACAAUCUUCUUCAAGCUCAUAUUUGGGGGAAAAAAGAAGCCGGCAAGGGUAGAGAAGCCAAGCCCAGCACCCAAAGAAACCAAGGCCAAUGAAAGUGGCGUAGAGAAUGAAGAAAACAAAGAGAAGGAGGAAACAUCUGCUGCCGCACCACGUAGGAGGACAACAAGGCGAGAUUGAAAUGGUUGAAAACCUUUUCGCUCACUGGAGCUGCCGACCAAGAUCAUCAGAAUAGAUAAAUUUUGAGCUUAGUUGGACAAUAGGUGUUGAGUCCAUAGGCACUUUGUUCUCAUUUUUAUCCUUCACCUUAUUUUAAAGUAUGCUAUGCAUAUGGGAGUGGAAACCAGAUAUGUGUUAUGCCGGUCGUUUGAGGACUUUUUUGAAGCUAAUUGAGGUUGUAAAAUUAUUUUUCUCUUAA